AUGGAACAAGAAUCAAACGUCAACAGACAAUCCUUAACGGAUCGGGUUGACAAAGCCUUGAAUUUCUACGAUGCGUUGUUUGAUUGUUUGGUAACGGCGUCGUCAGUGAAGAAGAUCUUCUUUGAGAGAGCGAUGUUGGGAGAGCAAAUAAAGAAUAUAAUUGCGUGUGAGGGAGCUGAGAGAAAAGAAAGGUAUGAGUUGCUUAAGGCGUGGAUCUCAAGGCUUGAACUUGCUGGGUUUUGCGCUGAAGCUAUUAGCUUGGAGGGGAUGUUAAGAGGAGUAACUGAAUUGCAGAAUUUUGCACGUGGCUAUAAGAUUAUUAGAGAUGAAAAGUUUUUGGUUCUGUGUUGGAAUAAUAAUCCACUCUUUUCUUUAUCAGCCUGGAGAUACUUGUGA